AUGGCUGGCCGCUCCCAGAGCUACUGGGCGAUUGCCUUUGGCAUGAUCGCCUGGAGUCUUCUGCUCUUCAGCCCGCUCGCCUUCGUCGGCUCCGUCCAGGCGCAGGAUUCCGAGUACGGUACUGUCAUCGGUAUUGACUUGGGCACCACCUACUCUUGCGUUGGUGUCAUGCAGAAGGGCAAGGUCGAGAUUCUCGUCAACGAUCAAGGAAACCGUAUCACCCCGUCUUACGUCGCCUACACCGAUGAGGAGCGUCUUGUCGGUGACGCCGCCAAACAGCAGGCGGCUUCCAACCCCACCAACACCGUCUUCGAUGUCAAGCGUUUCAUUGGCCGCAAGUUCAACGAGAAGGAAGUCCAGAACGAUCUCAAGCACUACCCUUACAAGGUUGUUCAGAAGGAUGGCAAGCCUAUCGUCCAGGUCGAGUACCAGGGCGAGACCAAGAAGUUCACCCCCGAGGAGAUCUCCGCGGUCAUUCUCGGCAAGAUGAAGGAGGUCGCCGAGUCGUUCUUGGGCAAGAAGGUCACCCACGCCGUCGUUACUGUCCCUGCCUACUUCAACGACAACCAGCGCCAGGCCACCAAGGAUGCCGGUAUCAUUGCUGGCCUCAACGUCCUGCGCAUUGUCAACGAGCCCACCGCUGCCGCCAUCGCCUACGGUCUGGACAAGGAAGGUGGUGAGCGUCACAUCAUUGUCUACGAUCUUGGUGGUGGUACUUUCGAUGUCUCUCUUCUGUCUAUCGACGAGGGCGUCUUCGAGGUUCUGGCUACUGCUGGUGACACCCACCUUGGUGGUGAGGAUUUCGAUCAGAGAGUCAUCAACUACUUCGCCAAGUCUUACAACAAGAAGCACGGCGUCGAUAUCACCAAGGACCUCAAGGCCAUGGGCAAGCUCAAGCGCGAGGCCGAGAAGGCCAAGCGUACCCUCUCUUCCCAGAAGACCACCCGCAUUGAGAUCGAGGCUUUCUUCGAGGGCAACGACUUCUCUGAGACCCUGACCCGUGCCAAGUUCGAGGAGCUCAACAUGGACCUCUUCAAGCGCACUCUCAAGCCUGUUAAGCAGGUUCUGGACGACGCCAAGAUGAAGAAGGACGAGAUUGACGACAUUGUCCUCGUCGGUGGUUCUACCCGUAUCCCCAAGGUUCAGGAGCUUCUCGAGGAGUUCUUCAAUGGCAAGAAGGCUAGCAAGAACAUCAACCCCGAUGAGGCUGUCGCCUUCGGUGCUGCCGUCCAGGCCGGUAUUCUUUCUGGCGAGGAGGGCACUGACUCCAUUGUCCUGAUGGACGUCAACCCCCUGACUCUUGGUAUCGAGACCACCGGUGGUGUCAUGACCAAGCUGAUCCCCCGCAACACCGCUAUUCCCACCAAGAAGAGCCAGAUCUUCUCGACCGCCGCCGACAACCAGCCCGUCGUUCUGAUCCAGGUCUACGAGGGCGAGCGUUCCAUGACCAAGGACAACAACCUCCUCGGCAAGUUCGAGCUUACCAACAUUCCCCCUGCGCCCCGCGGUGUUCCCCAGAUCGAGGUCAGCUUCGAGCUCGAUGCCAAUGGAAUUCUCCGUGUUUCGGCUCACGACAAGGGUACUGGCAAGUCUGAGAGCAUCACCAUCACCAACGACAAGGGUCGCCUCACCCAGGAGGAGAUCGAGCGCAUGGUUGCCGAGGCUGAGAAGUUUGCCGAGGAGGACAAGGCUACCCGCGAGCGCAUUGAGGCUCGCAAUGGUCUUGAGAACUACGCCUUCAACCUGAAGAACCAGGUCAACGACGAGGAUGGCCUUGGUGGCAAGAUCGACGAGGAUGACAAGGAGACUCUUCUCGACGCAGUCAAGGAGACCAUCGACUGGCUUGAGGAGAACAGCGCCGAGGCCACCGCCGAGGACUUUGAGGAGCAGAAGGAGAAGCUGUCCAACGUCGCCUACCCGAUCACCUCCAAGAUGUAUGGUGGUGCCGGUGGUGCUGGCGAGGAGGAGCCCCUCGACCACGACGAGUUGUAG